CGACCCGGAAGCAGCCCCCGGCGUCGGGGCGGGAGCGACGGGCGCGGAUGAGGCGAGGCCCGCGGGCGCAGCUGUUGCCGGGCUAUGGCGGGGACGGCGCUCAAGAGGCUGAUGGCCGAGUACAAACAAUUAACACUGAAUCCUCCGGAAGGAAUUGUGGCAGGCCCCAUGAAUGAAGAGAAUUUUUUUGAAUGGGAGGCAUUGAUCAUGGGCCCAGAAGACACCUGUUUUGAGUUUGGUGUUUUUCCUGCCAUUCUGAGUUUCCCGCUUGAUUACCCAUUAAGUCCCCCAAAGAUGAGGUUCACCUGUGAGAUGUUUCAUCCCAACAUCUACCCCGACGGGAGAGUCUGCAUCUCCAUCCUGCACGCUCCGGGCGACGACCCCAUGGGCUACGAGAGCAGCGCCGAGCGGUGGAGCCCCGUGCAGAGCGUGGAGAAGAUCCUGCUGUCGGUGGUGAGCAUGCUGGCAGAGCCCAACGAUGAGAGCGGCGCCAACGUGGACGCUUCCAAAAUGUGGCGGGAUGACCGGGAGCAGUUUUACAAGAUUGCCAAGCAGAUCGUGCAGAAGUCUCUGGGGCUCUAGACCUCGCCUCGCGCAUGCGCACAGACGUGUGCUCUGCACAUGCGUGUGAACACACACCACCAACAGCUCAGUGUUCUGGGGAACACUCAGUGACAGUGAUACUCUGUGCUGACACCAAAAAGGCAGACUUGCAAGAACCAUGGCAUUUUUUUUUUUUCCUCACCCCAAACAGGCUUCUCUUCUGAAGUUAUGAUUUACGUAGAAUAUUGGCAGCUUUCUGCAGUUUAAAGUAUUCCUCACAAGGCGGUUCAGGUAGACUGUCAAAGCUGUCAUCGCUACCUCUCCCAGCUGAAGCACCGGCAGACCCAGCUGUUCCCGGCUUCCUGCGGGUGCUCCUCCUCCCUGGGGUGGGGGGCUGUAUGUGCCAGACGUCCCGGGAUGGCGGCACCAACAGUGCUCCUGAGGACGGGCCCUGCAGCUGGCGCACGGGAGGGAGCGACGCUCCGCGUGGCCAUCCUGGUGCUUUCUGCACCACGAGCUUGGCUCCUCCUUCCCGAUCUCAUGUUUUACAAGCAGAUGUUUUUUCAUAAUCUGGUCACAUCUUUUACAUUUGUUGAGUAUUAUAAACCAUCACACUUAGAAAUACUUUCAGGAAAUACUUGUUAAAAAUUAAUUAAUGGAUUCAUAGGAAAUGGGGUACACAGAAAGGAAGUUUACUGCAGGCCACGCAGACGGUCAGACUGACAGCUUCCUCCUGCUCACGUCCACCAGAGAGUCUCGGGUAGGGCUCAGUUCCGAGUGCGCUGGGGCAGGGGCCACGGAGCCUUAGAGUGUUAGUGAAAGUUUCUUCUGGGUCUGCAGUUUUUCUUUCCUAGUUUAAAAACUGAGAAGCUCUAGGACUUUGUAACAUUGUGGUUGCGCUGGGAAUUUAAGUGUUGGCACAAGUCAUUCUUGGCAACUUGAAGUCAGGAGGGACCCUCCCAUUUCUUAGCUCAGAGGAGUGCCUUAUCCCCCACGACCGGUGCUCGUGGACGUGGCCUGUGGGGCGCCCGGCCCCAGGCUGGAGACAGCACUUUCCCGUGAUUUACGAAGUUGAUUUGGUUCCGACGUUCUCUAGCGUGGUCAGCUGAGCGGCACAGCGCCGGGAGGUCACGUCACAAGCAAUAACAGAUCUGUGGCAUGCAGAAUCUAAUACUUGGCCUGUUUCAGACAGGUUCAAUUUAAAUAGGAAUUUCUAUUUUUGAAAUAAGGGAUAGUCUAUGAGGCAUACAAUAGAUUUUACUUUGCAUAUUCCUUCCCCCUUCUCUUUCACGAUGGAUCCAGUGUUCGUCGACCGAAACCUCACCCUUGGUGCCAAGGUGUUGGCGGUUUCUGGUUGAAGCAGCUCCAUGUCCGCUUCUGUGGAUGCUGGAUUCUUCCUUCUCAGAAGAGAGUCAUUUAAAAUUUGAAAUGCAGUAUAAGAACGUGUAUUUGGAAGGGGUUGGGGAAGGGCGGUAUUGUACCUAAAUAGUAUUUGCAGGCAAAUGAGAUGGGGUCCUCUCCAGAGAGAAGAAAGUGGUUUGUGUGAGCAGCUGGGCGGUGGGCGUGGGGCCCACGCCAGGCAGGCCCAGAGGGGCACGUGAUUACCUGUAGGUUCCAUGAGAUGUGGGAGGGAGGAGAGGCAGUCUCUUUACAAAACAAAGUAUUUUUAUUGAUUUGUAUUUAUUAAAUAAAAAAAUCCCAUAGUGUCCCUAUUCUGUGGUGGAAUUUAAUUACUAUGUUAAAAAUAAAGUUAUAUAUUUUCCCCCA